CAAACCCACUGGUUCAACGCGCGCAUCCAAAUACCGCCACGGAAGUGUUACAAAAAAAGUUUUUGAACCCGAAAACAGCAGUUAAAUGGUUCGAGAGAAAUUGCGAGUAUAACUAGAACGGGAAGAACACGAAUCCUCGAGGCGAGAACAGCAUCGUCAUCGUAGAAGGCAGCAGGCAGCAGGCACAGCGGAAAGGAUUCGCCAAAGGACUACGCAGCCAGCAUACAAAUGCCAGCGCUGCCAGCAAAAGUUGUUGGCGGCAAAAUAACCUGCCACUAACAGCAGCCGACAAAGGAGCAACUACCAGCGGAGAGGAGCAUCAUCAUCAUGGAGGAGACUGCAGCGGGUCCGGCGAAGAAGAGCGGCACCACUCUGUCGGUGGAUCGGGCCGCCUUUCUCCUGCUGCGCGUCAGGAAAGUGUUCAAGAAGAAGCGCCAGCAGCGCAAGGAGCGUCAGGCCCAGCAGAGUGGAGCCGCUGCUAGUGGGGCGGGCGGUGCAGGCGGCGGAUCCGGGUCGCAAUCGCGCACGGGCAGCCGCAAGCUUCCGCCACCAUUGUUACGGUCGCGGACACUGCCCGCCAUUAUUGUGCCAGGACUUCCGGUAGUCUCGCUGCACACGGAUAAACAAACAUUUCAAUUGGACGAGCGCUUGCUGGGCAGCAAGAGCCGCAGCGGCAGCGCCAGCGGUCAUCGGUGGUCAUCUCUGCUGACGCGUGCCACUAACCACAGCAGCAGCGGCAGCGGCGGCGGCGGCGGUGGCAGCAGUGGCGGCAACAAUGCCACCAGCAACAACAACAACAAUAACUCGCAUUUGGCUAACAACAAUAACACGCUGAUGGUGAAAUCGCUGAAUCUGCCAAAGGACGAUAGCAAUUUGGUCUAUCGGCGCAAGUCCUCGGGCAGCACUCCGCACCACCACCAGGGCUCGCACUCCCACCACCACCACACCCACCAUCAGCAGCACUUGCAGCAGCAGCAUGCCCACCUCCAACACAUGCAGCACCUGGGGGACAGCUCACUGUUCCAAUUGUCCGACGACUUUGAAUGCCAUGCCGACGGUUCCCUACUACUAAGGAUCCCCGCCCCGCAUGUGGUGGCGGCGCGUGCCUAUCGACUGGCAGCGAGGAAGAGAGGCGCUGCCUCCUCCGAGGCAUCCACUCCACUGUCUCGCGAGCCCACCCUCCACGAAGUACCGCUAGCAGAGGCAUCCGGCUCCGGAUCGAGUACGACCUUCACACGGCUGGCCAAAUUGCUGCAUCAAUCAACCGCCCUGGCUGGGAGGUCAAGCCUGCAGCCUCCGCCAGCAGGUGACAACGUGGUCCAGAGUCUGGGACUCGGUCUGGGCCUGGGUCUGGGCGAGGAGGCGCCGCGUCGUCUGUCCUGGGAACGGCGCAAGGACAGCAGUGCUCUUCAGCGUUCCGCCAGCAUCGACUCCUUUGCCGAGAUUGUGUUUAGCGACCUGCCCCGCUCCUCGCUGGCAGUCACGGCGCCAGGUGCCUCGGCGGCAGGUGGACCCUCCCCCUUCAGCAAGCGACCCUCGGCCAGCAGCCUCUACUCCACCUCCACGGGCAGUUCCUUUGGCUCGCAGGUGCAGGCCCAGCUGAAUGUCAAUUACGGUGACUCGGCAGCCGGAUCCGGGUCCGGUGGCGGAACGGGCCCAGGACACCACACAGCAGGUGGCAACGGGGGAAGCGGGGGCAGCGGCAGCAGGCGCGAGAGCAUGCUGAGCCCCUCGUCCACCAGGCGCUCCAAGCUGACCAGAAUCAUAAACGCUCUGUUCUCGGCGGUGGAACACGGCCACCUGGAGAAGGCGCGCACCAUCCUAGAAUCCACCGAUGUGGAUGUGAACAGCAUCAACAGCGACGGUCUCUCCGCCCUGGACCUGGCAGUUCUAAGCAAUAACCGCUCCAUGACCAGGAUGCUCCUCCAGCACGGCGCCAUAGAGGGCUCUCAAUUCUCCGUGGACACCAUCGGCACCAAACUGAACGGCCUGCUCAAGGACGCCGAGUCCCGCAUCCACGAUCUGAGUGGACCGGAGGGCCUGUGCCCCCCCAUCUUUGCAUCGCGCCCCUCCAUCUCGAGCAUCAUAAUUGGCAACUCGAGUGCCUCGGUCACCGGGUGCACGGGCAGCGAGGUGGAGAAGCAGAUUGGCAUCUGGGAGCGACGGGUGAAGGGACUGCGCCGCCUGCAGCUCGGCUGGGAUCAGGCCAGGCCGCCAGAUGCACCCGCCUCUGUGGUCGUCGACGUCACCGGCGACAACUCAAUCAGCGUCCAAAUCCUGGAACCCUUUGAGGGAGCCAUCGGCACGAAAUUCAAAGUUCAAUGGUCAACCCGCGCGGACUUCAACAACGUCGUGGGCGAGAGCGAGCUGCUGGAGUGGGUCAGCUUUCACGGCACAAUGGGUGCCCAGUGCCACAUAUCGGGCCUGACCCAGGGACGGCGCUACUUUCUGCGCGCAGCCUGCGGCAACGUCAAGGGAUGGGGCGCCUACCGAACUUCGGUGCCCGCCAGCGUGGUGCCCUCGACCUGGCGGGACUUGGACAAUCGGGAGGACCGUUUUGUGGGCCGUCACCGCAUCCUGGACAAUCUGUUUACCGCCGUGCGCCUGGCCCGACCCGCCGAUGUCUCCGAGCUGACUCUGGAUCCCACGAGUGGCCAACGUCGCAACCCGAAAAAGAAAACCACCAUCAAGCAGCUAUUCUCGGUGACCUCCAAGUUCCAAAAAACUCUGAGACGUGGCAUUUACUUUUCCUGCAUCGUCCAGUGCGACGACAAGGUGCUGGUGACUAGUGAGGACUUCCCGCCCGUCAUCGAGGUGGACGAGACCUAUCCCAGUGCCCUGCACAUGGACUACUACUGGCUGAUGAAGGUGGCCUGCACCUGGGACGAUGUAAAGUCGCUUCGGACCGACAUGGAGCGGAAUCUCACCUCCGCCGUUCACUUCCGCACGAAGCUCUUGUCGGCCGUCUGCCAGAUGCAAAACGCCCUCGGCUUCACGGAUCUGGGCCAGCUGUACUACAAGCCGCUGAGGGAUGCCCAGGGCACUGUGGUGCUCACAUGCGUGCAGUCGGUGAAGAGCCAGAAAGCCGUAUCCAUCCUCAAUUCUCGGUGGCUGCCAGUCAGCAAACUACAGAAGAAGCUGGGAGCCCUGCACGAGGACUACACCAUCAAUGAACUGUUGAUAUCAUCGAUUGGAGAUCAGUUGCACUACCAGCAGGCUGCACUGCAGCGCCUAGAACCCGGUCUCUAUCUGGGCUACCUGAAAAUGCAAUGCUCCAUGGACCAGAUCCAAGUGGUGGUACCGGUGAAGACACCCAAUGUCCUGCCUCACUGCAAGGUGCGCGAGAACAGCCACAUCACGGCCGAGGAAUGGCAGGUGCUCCACCGCUGCAGCGGUGACCCUCUUCGCUUGCCGUUGGACUUCAGCGCCCACGAGAAGGAAGCAGCUGCCGGAGCCGCCACGACGGAGGUUCAGCGCCUGUUCCUCUACGAUCUCACCAAUGCCAUGCACAAACUGUUUGCCAGCAUGAACAUCAAGCCUGCGGAUGCGGCCACCCACCGCCUGUACGACGUCGAGGUGAUCGAGCAGAGUCCGGAUAUUAGUUUCCUUGUGGUCUGUCCCUCGGCCGAAGCCUCCUGCGCCGUGCCUGGCCAGUCGGAGCUGCUGCUCCAAAGAGACGACCUGGCAAGCUUGAGCAUUCAGGCGUUCGAAAUGAUCCACCUGCGCACCUACCAGCCCGCGAUUAUACAAAAGUACGCCCGCCUUUCCUGCAUCCUGGACCUGGACACUGGGCUGGCCACUCACGCUCUCCGGGAAGCCUUCUCCAGCAGCGAGCUCCAGGCGGCCAAGGAGCGACUGGCCACCCUGCAAGAACUAACUACAAGCCUGACGCUGGUCUGGAAGAGUGUGCGCUGGCUAAUGGACGUGGUUGCCUACGCACGAAACAAAAGCGCCCAGCCCUCUCUGGCCAUGCGAGAGAUCCUGGACUUUACCCAGCAGCGGCAGGAAGAGUCCACAGUGGCCAACUCCGCCAGCAAGCAGCUCCUCCAGCUUCCCAUUCGCGAGAGUAAAUUCACCAAGGCAGGAACGGGACGAGGCAGCUGGCCCGGACCUGGCACUAGCGAGGAUCAGGCGCAGUCCAAGCCAGAGCACUCGAAAUCCGAACAGAAUCUGGGAUUAACUGCUAUCACCCCGGUGGAACCUUCUGCCAAGCAGAUUCAGCAUCCCCAGCAGCAGCAACAGCCACCACAACAGCUCCUGCAAGUUUCCACCACCAGCGAGUACGCGGGCUCCAUGUGCUCGGAUGUGUCCUUGCGGAAGAAUAGCGGCGACUCCAUGAGCUCUACGUACACGGCGCGCAGCUUCUACUCCGCCGUGGACUCUGCCUCAGAGGGGAAUAGCACGAAUAGUGUAUUUGCCAUUCCGCCCUCGCGCUCCGAUGAUACCCUUGCGGAUGCACUGCGACAUUCGCAGACCGUGGCUGCUCAGCGGAAGCGUACCAGCUCAAAUAUAGGAUCCCACCCCACUCCGCUCAUCACGGUGCACAGCUCCAGUUCGGCGCCGUACCUGGCAGGAUCCAGUGUCUCGCUGAGGAGUGGAAACGGAGCCUUCGCCACGGACCUGGAGCAUAAACCCCUGAAGCCCGCCACUAAGGCGGCCUCGAGUGCGAAUCUGCGCGAAGGUGGACCGUACUUGAAGAGCACACUGGCCGAGCUGAGGGCAGUGGGUGGCGAAGAGCCGGUGGCUAGCACAUCGAAAGCCUCGUCCACCAAAAGUCUCUCCAGGCAGAGCAGCGAGGAGGACUCGGCGAGCUGUUCCAGCCUCAAUGCGGAGCAGACAUCGGGCAUCAUCCAAGUGUACACCGCCUACAACACUGGCCUGGCUAGCGGAACCAGUCUCAAGCUGCACGUGACCCCCAAGACGACGGCCCGUGAAGUGAUCAACCUGGUGGUGAAGCAGCUCAACAUGGCCGUGGUGCUCAAAGGCAACAACGGGCCCAUCUACGGGCCAGAGAUGCUGGAGAACUUCUGCCUGGUGGCGGUGAUUGGAGCGCGGGAACGAUGCCUGCGGGACGACUUCAAGCCCUUGCAGCUGCAGAAUCCGUGGAAGAAGGGACGCCUCUACGUUCGCAUGAAGCACGAGCUGCUGGCCGCCAUUGAGCACUCCAACCGGAAGUCGCAUUUGAUCUAAAUACCCCAGAGGUUUAAGUUUGGAUGCUUUAGCUUUGUUUCUU